GUUUGAUCUCAUCUUCAAUAAUAAAUGCUUGAUAGAAUUCCCAAUAGUUCAUGUGUUCAAAGUUCAAACAUAUAUAAUAACCAUGUAAUUUGCAAUUUCUGAAAGGCCAAGUUAAAUAAAUAUUGAAACGAUCUUAGCUAGAAAGGAUCAGGAUUACACUCUUCAUUCCCCUCAAAACUAUUCUCUCUCUGUUGUAGGAGAUCAAGAUGAGCACAAACUCCACCAAGAGGCUAGAAGGUAAGGUGGCUUUGAUAACAGGGGGAGCCGGUGGAAUAGGCGAGUCCAGUGUAAGACUGUUUGUUAAACAAGGAGCCAAGGUCGUCAUCGCUGAUGUUCAAGAUGAGCUUGGCCUUUCUCUUUGCAAAGAAAUUGGCUCAGAAGAAAUUGUUUCCUAUGUCCAUUGUGAUGUAACAUGUGAUUCUGAUGUCCAAAAGGCUGUGGACUUGGCCGUCUCCAGGUAUGGAAAGCUCGAUAUUAUGUUCAGCAACGCUGCAAUUUCAGGCAACUUAGGUUCAAUGAUUUUAGCCACAGAAAAUGAAGAUUUCAAAAGGGUUUUCGAUGUCAAUGUGUUUGGUGCUUUCUUGGCAGCCAAACAUGCUGCCAGGGUCAUGAUUCCUGCCAAGAAGGGCUGUAUUAUCUUUACAUCAAGUGCUGUUUCAGUGACUUGCGUAGGGGCUCCCUAUCCAUAUGUGGCAUCAAAACAUGCAGUGGUUGGUUUGGCCAAGAAUCUGUGCGUGGAGUUGGGGCAAUAUGGGAUAAGAGUCAACACUAUUUCUCCAUUUGUAGUUGUAACCCCAAUGUUGAGGAAAUCUAUGGGGCUCAUUUUCUUUGAAAUGGAGAAGAAGAAGAUCCAGGAAGCUGUCUCUGUUGCAGCUACGUUGAAAGAAGUUGUGUUGGAAGAGGAAGAUAUAGCAGAGGCGGCUUUGUAUUUAGGAAGUGAUGAGUCUAAGUAUGUGAGCGGGGUGAAUCUAUUGGUUGAUGGAGGAUUUAGCCUGACCAAUCCCUCCUUUGCUAUGGCAAUGAAAAGCCUCUUCUCCUGAGUCACUGUAAUAUUUAGACUAUAUGCGAAACAAUUGUGAUCCAAAUAAGGAAGCUUCUAGUUAUGAAUAAUAUGUUAAACAAAUGAACAAAUUAAAACAUUAUCUUAUAUAUUUUGGUUGA